AGUCACUGAGAAAGAGGGAUGGUUGGAGAGGGAGGAUGUAGGACCACGAUGCACAGCGGAAAAGCCGUGAUUGGAGAUUGUUAGAGGGUCUGGGUAGCUGCGGUUAAGAGCAGUCGAGCUCUGGGUCUCUGUUGGUCUUCGUUAGGGUGGCUGGAUAUCUGUUUGGGGCUGGUUGGUCUUCAUUAGAGUGGCUGGGGGUCCUGAAGAAUUCAUGGCUGAAAAACAGCUGGAGGAUCCUAUGUCCAUUCCAGCAGAGCAGACCAAGAUGUAUUCACAGAACCAGUUCAGUCUGAGAACACCGCAGCCUGUACACAGACAGUCCACACGUAGGGAUCCUAAGAAGUGGGUGAGGUCUGGGUGUGUUAAUGGGGUGCAGCCUAGCAAGGCCAUGAAGUCCCAUCACUCCCCAGAGAACGCGGCCAGGGAGAGGAGCCGUGUGCGUAACCUCCGUCAGGCCUUCCACAGCCUGCAGGCAGCCCUGCCCUCCGUCCCCCGUGACACCAAGCUCUCCAAGCUGGACGUCCUGGUCCUGGCCACCGACUACAUCGCCCACCUUACUGAGACUCUGGAUCAGGGAGGGCCUCUGUCUGAACUCCCACUACCCCCCAGGGCAGGAGGCUACCUCCACCCAGUCAAGAAGUGGCCGAUGCGCUCCUUGCUGUAUUGUGGGAGUGUGGGAGGACUGCUGUCAGCCAAUCAGACACCAGUGUCAGGAGAGAAGGCGAUGCAUCCACUGACCUCUAGCCCAGAGGUCAACAUGGACAGAUCCAUUUAGUACUAGGAGCAAUGAAAUAACAAUAUAUCCAACUUAACUUAUAUCCAACUGCUUAUGAAACUGCAGUGAAUUGCAAUGUACAAGUAAUGUACUUGCUGAACACGGAAACAAAACCAAAGGAUCGCUUUGCUUAGCACAUUGUACCACUUAUUUAUUACACGGCAUAAAACAUAAAUCACUAAAAGUGUGUAAAAUAAUGUGUUAUGAUCAAAGAGUGCAAUGUUGACCAUUUCAGUGACUUAUUGUGUUUUUAGCUUUAGGAUGAAUUAAAGUUGAUCUUUAUCCCUGUCUCCUGGAUUUGUUUUAUGUUUAGUGUUGUAGUUGUGUUUGGGGUGGGAGUGAAAGGAUGGACAGAUUAACAGAAGGGGAGGAUUGUUGUGAGAACACUUGGCAACCAUGUGUUCAGCUGUGGAGCCCUGAGUACUAGUCCAUAUCUGUGUAAUAAUGCCCGCUUGCGAGUAAACAUUUAUUCACACAGCAAACUUUGCUAAGUUGAUGUAAAUGACACGUUUUGGCUUUGUAUGUGCUGUCUGACAUACUUGCACUGUUGAGUGAUCUUAAAGACUUACCUUCAUAUUACUGUA